CUACUGUCCUGUUUAUUUCCGGAAGAAUGGCGUCCUCCAGGGGCGGCAAAGGGAAGAAAGUUGUUCGCCAAGACGAAUUGCGGCGACUCAUGAAAGAGAAGCAAAAGGAGUCUUCUGACAAGAAAAAGCGCAUCGAGUCGCCCUUCGCAAAAUACAACAAUGUGGGACAACUGCUGUGCGUCCUCUGCAACGUCCCUGUGAAGACGGAGAUCCUGUGGCAGGCGCAUGUCCUCGGCAAGCAACACAAGGAGAAAGUAGCAGAGCUAAAGGAGGCAAAGCAACUGGGAGUUGCUGGAGUCGGUCAGAUUUCUUCAUCCUCAGCAGUGAAACGGAGGACAUCAGAUGCAGAACACCGUGACGUGAAAAGAUCCAGAGGUGACACAGACGGUGUACCUGUGUCUGGUUCAGGGUUGCCUGCAGAUUUCUUUGACACUGGAGAAGCACUUAAAUCUGCAGUUUCAAAGCAGCCAUCUGGACUCGGAUUUCUUGCUGGGAAUUAUGAUAAUGAUGACGAUGAUGAUGACGAAGAUGAUGGCAAGAAUGGGGAGGUUACAGAAGCACAGAAAAACAUCCCCCCUGCAGCUGCACCUGUGCUUCCAGCAGACUUCUUUGACAGCAGCAUCCCGAGUGUCCCCACCAUCUCCCACUCGGGCUCCAUUCUGAAGGCAGAUGAGCCAGAGAAAUCUGUGGACAGGAAGGAGAACACAGCCGAAGCCCUGCCUGAGGGCUUCUUUGAUGAUCCAGUGACAGAUGCAAAGGUGCGCAACGUUGACGCCCCCAAAGACCUGAUGGACAAGGAGUGGGAGGAGUUUCAGAAGGAAAUACGUCAUGUGAACAAUGCCUCUGAAGCCAUCGUUGCAGAGGAAGACGAAGACGGCCGACUGGAGCGGCAGAUUGAUGAGAUUGAUCAGCAGAUCGAGUGUUUCCGCCGUGUGGAGCUGCUCAGAGACAAAAGGGACACGAUGAAGAAGAUGCUCCAGAGACAGGAAAGCUCCCAUCUACAGGAGGAUCAUGGGACUGAGGAGGAGGAGAAGGAGGAAGAGCUGCUGAACCUGUUGUCCCGUGACUGGAGGGCCAAAGGAGCACUUGCAUAGCCCCACCUGCACAGUCACCCUCUCCUCCUAAUGCUCACCUCACCACUGUCCCCUAAUGCUCAGUAUUCUGUUUGAAAUGGUUUAGUAUGUUUAUCAGUGUGAUACUGUUUUUUUUGGCUUUUCAUGGUCUAUUUAACUUCACUGUUCAAUUUCAAAUAAAUCACAUUUUUCCACAACCGUA